CGUUGAAAUGCGGAACACGACGGAGUUCGAAAUUGCUGUCGACUGCGAUCGUGAGCGACGUCGCGACCGUCCACGAGCGUCCACGUCGCCGCGACGUGUCGCCGCCGACGCCGGCGGUGCGUUUGACAUUAGGAACCGUUGCGUCAGCUGCUUUAACGGGGCCGUCGCCGCCGCGCGAGCGAGAGUCGCGCGCGCCUCGCCGCGACGCAGCUACGCAGAAUGGGGUUAGGAAGCUUUCGAUGGCGUCUCGUUAUUAUUCUCAUCGUCGGCUUACUGCUCUGGCAAACCUCGAAGAUCUGGCUGGCGUUUCUGCAAGACGACGCCGCCACGCAAGAACUUCAGGUGACCCCGUCGAGCCAGAAGGAUAAGCCAGCUCGCCAGAAGGUGCACAUAGCCGUCUAUUACGAAGCUCUAUGCCCGGACUCGCGCAGCUUUGUGGUGAAACAGUUGGGGCCGACGUACCGCAAGCUUCCGGACAGCGUGGAGGUCGAAUUGAUACCGUAUGGAAAGGCCACAACAGUUAAAACGAACAACGGAUACGAGUUCGUGUGCCAGCAUGGACCGAUCGAGUGUCAGGCCAACAUAAUACACGCGUGCUCGAUCGACGUGAUCAAAGAGCCGUCGACACGACUGCAGUUCAUCACUUGCAUGAUCGAAAAUAACAUUGAGCCGGUAGAGAUAAUGAACACAUGCGCCGCGGACAUAUCCGUAGACCUGGAGUCUAUCAGGACAUGCUCCAACACCGCCAGGGGCAAGGAACUCCUUGCCAAGUACGGAGAGAUGACGAGCGCGCUGGUGUCACGCGUGUCCUUCAUACCAACGGUCACCCUCGACGGGAGCGCCGAGCACCAGGCGAAGAUACUGAAGAACUUGCUGAGGGAGGUGUGCCUGCACUUUAAAGUUAUACCAAAAGAAUGCGUGUCGUGAGGACACGCCUGGCGCGGCCCUAGCAACACAUAUCCGUGUAAUAAUCGAAUUUUGUUAUUGUAUUGCGUCGCAUGUUUCGGAGAGGUGUAUAUGAGAAAUAUAUUUUUCAAAAAUCU